AUGGCAGGAACAUUACUCUAUCUGGUCACUCUCUUGACAGCACUUGGUUUCAUGCUUAUUGGCUACGACAAUGGCGUCAUGGGAGGAAUCAUCAACGAAGCACCCUUUCAAGCAACUUUUCGUCACCCAUCCACCUCUCUCCUUGGUACCAUCGUUGCGAUUUAUGAGAUCGGAUGUUGUGCAGGUUCCAUCAUUACUGCUUUUGUAGGAGAAAACCUCGGUCGAAAACGGUCCAUCAUUAUCGGUGCGAUCAUCAUGCUUGGCGGAGCUGGUUUCCAAGCGGGUGUAAGCUCUGCAGGCCCGAUGAUAGGGGCUCGAAUUGUGUCAGGUUUAGGAAUGGGGUUCCUGAAUUCAACCAUGCCUGUACUUCAAUCGGAGGUUUCUCCUAAAGCUAGUCGAGGUCGAUUCGUAUGCUUCCAGUUAUCGUUACUCAACCUGGGAAUCAUGACUGCCUAUUGGACUGGAUACGGUUUUGCCUUCGUGGAUGGUUCCAAGGCAUGGCGUAUUCCCGUAGCCAUGCAAGCCAUCUUCAUCAUUCCUAUUCUCGUCCUUGUCCUCAUUGUACCAGAAUCUCCCAGAUGGCUUGCCGUUCAUGGUCGAGCGCAAGAGAGUCUGGAGGUUUUGGCAAGACUUCAAGGCAAACCAAUCGAUCAUGCCGACGUCGUCGCCCAACAUCGAGAGAUCCAGCAAGCCGUGGAGAUUGAAGAGUCUUUAGGUAGCGGCAAAUGGUCUGAUCUCCUUCGCGAAGACGACUUGAAGUCAAGACGUAGAUUGUUGAUCGCAUGCGCCAUCCAAUUCUUCCAACAGAUCGGUGGGAUCAACGGGUUGAUCUUCUACAUGGGUAAUUUCUUCGCUCUGGUAUCUGACAAACCAGCUCUACUUGCCGGAGCUGUUUUUACAUGGUUCUUCGCCGCUUCCUUCAUUCCAUGGUUCCUCAUUGAUUCACUUGGGCGACGAAAGCUUUUCCUCGUCUGCAUCGCCGGUAUGGCUUCCAUCUUUGCCAUCGAGACCGGAUUAGUAUACAAGGUUCAAACCACCAAUAGCAAAGUGGCUGGCGGAGUAGCAACAGCUUUCAUGUUCGUCUUUAUGGGUCUGUUCACCAUAGGUUUUCAAGCAAAUGUAUGGUGCUACACUGCCGAAAUCCAACCCCUACGGAUGAGACAGAAGGGAGCCAGUAUUGCUACCGCUUGCAACUGGAUUACCAAUUAUGCCGUAGUGCAGUUUACUCCUUCCGGUAUUGCCAACCUCGGCUGGAAAUUCUACAUUAUCUUUGCCGUCAUAAACGCUGCUUUCCUUCCGCCUAUUUACUUCUUUUUCCCCGAGACUAAAGGGUUAUCGCUUGAAGCCAUUGACUUGAUCUUCGCUCCAUCGGCAGCAUUGGAUGCAGGCGAGGAGAAGCCCGGUGUAGCUCACCUCGAACAAGGGGGCAUGCGAGAACUGGAUGUAGAGUUGAAAGAGUAG